AUGGCGGCGGUGCGAGCGCAAUCGGCGGCGGAUUCUGUGGGGGUGGAGCGGCUAGAGAUUACGCAGCCCGACGACUGGCACCUGCACGUGCGGGAUGGCGCUGCGCUGCAAUCCGUUGUGCCGUUUAGAAUCGCAUGCACACCAUCCCCCUCCUCUCUCCCCCUCUUGUUCCCCCUCUUCCCCCCUGCUCCCCAUUUCUUCCCCUCUCUCCCCCUUUCUCCACCCUUCCUCCACCCUUCCUCCCCUCCCCCUCUUCCCCUCCUCUUCCCCUCUCCCCCACCUACCCCUCCUCCUCCCCCCUACCCCCUUCCCGGCAGCGCGGCCGUCUUCCACCGAGCAGUCAUCAUGCCCAACCUGCGCCCACCGGUCACCACCGCACUGGCAGCAGCAGAGUACCGCAAGCGGGUGCUGGCAGCGGUGCCAGAGGGGAGGCGAGGGGAGGAGGGCUUUAAGCCGUUGAUGACGCUGUACCUUACAGAUGACACCACACCGGAAGAGGUGCAGAAAGCGAAGAGCAGAAGCGUGGUGGUGCUGUUCAAGCUGUACCCCGUGCAUGGGAGUGACGACCAACUCCCAUUAGGACGGGGGCCUAGUGGUGGCAUUCAAGCUGUACCCUGCGGGAGCGACGACCAACUCAGCAGCGGGAGUGACGGACCUCUUUGGGCGCUGCUUCCCUGCCAUUCAGCACAUGGCGCAGAUUGGCAUGCCGCUGCUCGUGAGUUUGGGAGGGGGCAAGAAAGAUUCCAUUCACCGGGUGCUCUCGCCUCUGCUAUUAGGGAAGCCAACACUACAACCUUCCCUGUCCCCCCCUCCCUCUCCCUCCACUCCCAGCUGCACGGGGAGCUGGGGGACCCAUCAGUCGUCACAGCUGCACGGGGAGGUGGGGGACCCAUCAGUCGACACAGGUUCGACCGCAAGAAAGAGUUCAUCCACCGACCGACUCCUCUCGCCCCUGCUGGUGCACGGGGAGGUGGUGGACUCAUCAGUCGACAUCUGCAUGGUGAGGUGGUGGAUCCAUCAGUCGACAUGCUCGACCGCGAGGAGUUCAUUCAUCGACUGCAUGGAGAAGUGGUGGAUCCAUCAGUCGACAUGUUCGAUCGCGAGAAGGAGUUCAUCCAUCGAGUGCUCUCGCCCCUGCUAGCCCGCCUGCCCUCCCUGCGAGUGGUUCUCGAGCAUGUCACCACCGCAGAUGCGGUCGAGUUUGUGUUGAAAGCACCUGAGGGGCGGGUGGCUGCUACAGUGACCCCCCAGCACCUGCUGUGGAACCGCAACGCUCUGUUCACAGGGGGCAUCCGCCCGCACCACUUCUGCCUGCCCGUGUUGAAAAGAGAAACCCACCGCCAGGCGAUAGUGGCUGCAGUGACGGGCGGCAGCACUCGUUUCUUUCUCGGCACCGACAGCGCACCUCACGAGCGCACCACUAAGGAGGCACCAUGUGGCUGCGCCGGGAUCUUCUCUGCGCACGCCGCCCUGCCUCUCUACGCCCGGGCAUUCGAGCAGGCAGGCGCACUGGACAAGCUCGAGGCCUUCACGAGCUUCAACGGACCUGAUUUCUACGGCCUGCCUCGCAACUCCCGCCGCAUCACCCUCAUCCGCCAGCCGUGGGCCGUGCCCGACUCGUACCCGUACGGGGAAGGCAAUGGCUCCCUCGUACCCAUGCUGGCAGGCGAGCAGCUAGAGUGGCAGGUGCUGCCUUUGGAUCACUGA